CCCAAACGCUCGCUCUCUACUUGAUCAAAAAACAAGGGCAUCGUCGCAGAGAUCUCUGUACAUGAACAAUUCUAAAUAGCCGAAAAAAAAAAUACAGCAGCACCAGCACAAUUUUAUGUUUAACUCGCCCCUCCUCAAAGACGAAGACUGUAUAUAUCAACCUCAAGACGUGAUGACGGUGCUAAAAACUGAUCCGCAAACUAUUACGCUGUCUAAUGGGUGUACGGAAAUGCCAGGUUGGAAGUUUGCAAAGUGGAAACAGUUUAUUGUCUUGCAUAAAAUCGAUACCAGACUCCCUUUCACAUUCACGCCUAAGUGGCGCAUGAGAACUUUGGUUCACUGCGAGUGACAUUGUUGUAUCAUGUUGCUCGUCGCAAAAACUGUACUGGCACACCUGUCAUGCUCUUCAGCAACCCUUUCCGCUUCCACGGGCGUUGUCAGGCUUACAAUCUGCCUCCUGGCUUUCUCUGUCCCUGGAAGGCGGGGCCUUUGGGGCUAGCUUUUCACGCAUCAGAAAUUGAUAUUUUCACUUUGCAAAUUUUCAACAUGUUGCUUUCAUAGGGUGUGUUAUGCCAAAGCUGGGGCUUGGUACGUGGAAGUCGAAGGUUGGAGAGGUGGAAGCCGCUGUGAAAGCUGCCAUAUGGAGCUGAUGAAAGUUUUUUUUUUUUGCGCCAGCAGAUGGAGCAUAGAGAUAGACACACAAUGAUUGCCAAUUGUCAACGUGCAUGCCUCAGACGUUACAUCUUUCCCCUCCCGCAGGGGGGCAGUAGAUGUAAAGUCAGUGUGUCUUGGCAGGAGGCGGGCGGAGUCCGAACGGCGACCGCCUCCUUCCAAGACGGUGCAGGAAAAAUGGUGAUGGUGAUACUGUGUUCCAGCAGAUGAUUCACAUGCUCAUGCUGACUUACUAACUUAUUAAAACUUCGCAUUAUAGAAGGGAGGUUCUUGCUGUGUUGCGCCAGGAGCAAAAGAAAUGUCUUUCAUCUCGGUUUGAUAAUCGAUCGAUUGUGGGUAUCGACAUAUCGAUUGCGCCUUCGCGUAUGGUAACGAGCACGAGGUGGGCAAAGGUAAGCGUAGUUCUUUCGAGGUCCACCAAAUUUUGUUGCUGAUUGUAUGUAUUUUCGCCAUGAAGGCGAGCCGUAUUUUGAUUGUUUCAGUUUGCAGCUUCGUAUUUGUUGUUCAUGUAAACUACAUGUUCAUGGAGCUCUGUAUUUCAGCACGACAAAGCGCUCCUUCCUUGCACCCCCCGGGUGGUCCGGCUAGUUUCUUCUUGUCUGUCCGGACGAAGUAUUCUUUAGCAUGAAGAUGCUUUGCUAGAAUCUUUAAUCUUCACAUCUUCGGAAAAAGUAAAAAGCAACAACAUAGCGAUCGCCGCGAAGAUAGCAGAUGGCACGGUGAGGCGGGAAGAGCUCUGGGUGACGGGGAAGUUGUGGAAUACGUUUCACCGCAAGGAGUUUGUGGAAGAGGCAUUGAAAUGUUCUCUGCGCGACCUUCAGUUGGACUACAUAGACCUGUUUCUGAUCCACUGGCCCGUGGACUUCGCCUGCAAGUGGACGCCCGGCGAGCCUGUCAUUUUUGACGCGGGCAAGGCGUUCCCAAAGAUUGUGGAGACCGGUCGGAUGGAACUCGACGAUGUUGACAACCUGGAAACCUGGACAGCGCUAGAAAAGUGCGUGGAGAAAAAGCUCGUCAAGUGUAUCGGCCUCAGCAACUUCAACGAACAACAAAUCGCUCACGUACUGACUACUGCGCCUUUACUUCUUAUCUCCUGCUUUGUUCCUUGCAUCUUUCGCAUUGGUCGGAGCCCGAGCAGGUUCGACGUCCAUGUCUAAUAAUAUAAACGUAGCCGCAUCGGCAUCCUGAUGAUAACGCUAGCGCUUGGCCGCUAACCCUGACGGGCUGAGAGUCAGCCCAACAGGGCUGAGUCUUUUUGUUUUUUUCAAUAAUUUAAAGCGCAACAAGUAAGUAGCCAAAUUAAAUACGACGUAAGAAGCUGGCCAGCUACUUGGAAAGGAGCGCGUCGCCCUUCGGGGUGAAGGGGGAAAUUGCAGCAAGUAGUGGUUAGCGACGUCUCAUGGUCAUGGUCAUGCUGCCACCGGCGCCAAAAAUGAUACCUCAGCUAUAUUUAUAAACAAGUCAAGUAGAAGUGCUUUUAUCUGGGUGUACGUUAUUAGAAAUAAAUGGGUGGAGACGAGAGUGAGACACGACUCCAGUGAUGUAAGUGUAUGAAUGCUCGUGAUGGAAGUCGUGAAACGAUUUCCAAUGCGACAAUGGAUUCAAUAAUCAACAGAUAUUGCAAAAGUGCCAAGUCCGGCCGACCGUUCUGCAAGUGGAAUGUCACCCGUUUCUGCAGCAGGAAGCGCUUCGGAAGUAUUGCGAACAGGAGAGCAUCGCGAUGACUGCGUAUUCGCCGCUGGGCGGCAGCACCAACGACCGUCCGGAAGACACGCCUUCACCACUGAAGGAUCCGGCGCUGCUAAAAAUUGCCGAAGCCCAUGGCAAAAACCCGGGGCAAGUCUGCAUCAAGUACUGCAUCAGCCGGGGCAUCAUCUGCAUCCCAAAAUCUGUCUCACCCGAGCGAAUCAAGACCAAUAGUACUUACCAUACAAAGCCUGUUCUUUUUCAGCAUUUUUUCACCAACCCUUGCAGCCCUGUAUUUAAUGUAGAGCUACUUCUUGCUGAUGCUAAUCGUCAUGGUCAUUUUUACUUCCUCCUGUUCGACGAAAGUAGGAAGUUGUAGGGGGAUGACAAUCUUCAACGCCGCAGUGUCGUCGUACACAUGUACCAAAGUACAAAAAGUUCUUAUCGGUCAAAGAGCCUACGACAAGAAAGGCGCAGAUAAAAAUGAAGAGCAGACCGACCACGUCACGAAAUAUUUUGAUGCUCUGAUUUUCAGGUGAAGUGUUUGACUGGGAGCUAUCAGCAGCGGACAUGGACACCCUAAAGAGCAUCGACUGUGACUGGCGAGGAUGCGUGCCCUCGGUGCAAGAGAACGGAAAGAUGGUCGCCAGAGACGCAGCACACAAAGAUUUCCCGUUCAAGUGAUAUCGCCCGCACAGCACUGCGGUCAUCGUCAUAGUGGACAGCUUGUAUCCGAAGAAGUGCUUAAAAGUACAGCCGUCUCUACGACCAUGCUUCUAGAAGAAUAAGGCGAUGCGAUACGUGGUUUUUUGUGCGUCGUUGUAGUUGUACUUGCUGUCUGCAUGAUCAACGUCGCGAUCGCGACGACAUCAUCCUUAUCGUCAUCAUUUGAGCAGCUCAAGCAGUUCGUUGUAGAGACGGACGUGCAAGAAGCCACUGUCCGCUGCUCUUCAUUGGGCAGCGGGCUCAGUUCGGUUUCAUCCUAUGAUAAAGAAGAAGAAGCCAGUACCUAGUAAGAAGGACGCCUUUGUUUAUGCAAAUCUUUGAUUUGGUUGUGAGCUUUGAGUUUUGAGCUUCAACUUCCUUUGAAAAAAACCAAAACUUCGUGUUUAUCAUGCUAGGACAGCGGUCGCUCACGUCGCUUCUUGUGCGUGUCGCUGAUUCAAGGUCGUCCGUCUGUUUCUUGUCGCUUGUUGAAGCAGAUACCACGUAAUGAGGACACGUAGGAAAGCUGGCUUUUCGGACAUCGAC